ACUCUCAAUGCUGUCUACCACAAGAAGGCUCUAAUUGACAUGUUUGUGUGGACAGAUGACCGCAACUCUAGUCGUCAUGUCAUCUAUAUAGACCAGCCUGGCCUGGGGAUGCCAUCCAGAGAUUAUUAUUUUAAUGAUGGCAGUUACAAGAAGGUGAGGGAUGCCUAUCUUCAGUUCAUGGUGACAAUUGCCACCAUGGUGCGUGAGGACAAGGGCCUCGAGCGAAACGACAGCUUGGUUCAGCAGGAGAUGAUGCAGGUCUUGGAGCUGGAGACAGACAUAGCCAACGCCACAGUCCCGGCAGAGGAGCGGCAUGAUGUCACCAUGCUGUAUAAGCAAAUGAGCCUAACUGAAGUUCAACAGCUCUUUCCUCUCAAUGGGUUCAACUGGCUGCACUUUAUACAGGGGGUUCUGUCCUCAGUUAAUGUGGCUGUAAAGCCUCAGGAAGAGCUCGUUGUUUAUGGUGUCCCCUACUUACAACGGCUCCAAGGAAUUCUCUCAGUCCAUUCCACCAGUACUUUGCAGAACUACUUGACAUGGCAACUGUUAAUGGACCGGGUCAGCAGUCUGAGUCGGCGUUUCAAGGAGGCUCGAGCACACUAUCGCAAGGCUCUGUAUGGAACCACGGUGGAGGAAACGCGAUGGCGAGACUGUGUGCGCUAUGUACAGAGCCAUAUGGAAAAUGCUGUGGGGGCACUUUAUGUGAGGGAGACGUUUGCAGGGCACAGCAAGCAGAUGGUUAGCAAACUGAUUGACAAAAUCCGUCAGGCCUUUGUGGAGACUCUGGAUGAGCUUCCUUGGAUGGACAAGUUGUCCAAGGAGAAGGCGCAGGAGAAGGCGAUGGCAAUCAAAGAGCAGAUUGGAUACCCAGACUACAUCCUGGAGGACACCAAUCCAAAACUUGACAUGGAGUAUGCUCAUCUUAACUUCAGUGAAGACAACUACUUUGAAAACACACUAGAGAACCUGCGGGCAGGUGCCCAGAAGAGCCUCAGAAAGUUACGUGAGCGUGUAGACCCUGAAUUGUGGAUCAUUGGUGCUGCAGUGGUGAAUGCCUUCUACUCUCCCAAUCGGAACCAGAUAGUGUUUCCUGCUGGGAUCCUGCAGCCACCUUUCUUCAGCCAAGACCAGCUGCAGGCAUUGAACUUUGGGGGCAUUGGCAUGGUUAUUGGUCAUGAGAUCACCCAUGGCUUUGAUGAUAAUGGAAGAAACUUUGACAAAGAGGGCAACAUGUUUGACUGGUGGAGCAACUUCUCUGCCAUGAACUUCAGGGACCAGUCACGCUGCAUGGUGAAUCAGUAUGGCAGCUACACAUGGAAACUGGCUGGGGGACAGAAUGUCAGUGGCAUAAGUACUCUUGGAGAAAAUAUAGCUGACAAUGGAGGAGUUCGACAGGCCUACAAGGCUUAUAUGAAGUGGAUCAAGACAGAAGGUGAAGAACCACAGCUGCCUGGCCUAAAUCUCAACUACAAGCAGCUCUUUUUUCUGAACUUUGCUCAGGUUUGGUGCGGGUCAUACAGACCAGAGUAUGCCAGCCAGUCUAUCAAGACGGACUCGCACAGUCCACUUGAGUAUAGGGUCAUUGGUUCUCUGCAAAACUUUGCGGCAUUCUCAGAAGCCUUCCACUGCAAGCUGGGCAGCACUAUGCAUCCAUAUGAGAAGUGUCGUGUAUGGUAG